AUGGUCGAGCAAACACUUGCUGGCAAAGUAGCCAUCGUCACCGGAUCAUCGUCUGGCAUCGGCGCAGCCAUUGUACGAGAACUCUCAUCUCGGGGAGCCAACACGGUCGUCAGCUAUCCAUUCCCAAACCUAAAGGAUGAGGCGGAUGCCGUCGUCGCCUCGCUUCCAUCUCCGGCGAUUGCUGUGCUCGGCGACAUGGCACAAAUCGAGACACCACAGAAGCUAGUCGAUGCCGCGUUAGCACAAUGGAACCGCAUCGAUAUUCUUGUCAACUCAGUGGGGUUGGCCGUCAACAAGCCAUUUGAGGAUCAAACAUUGAAGGACUGGGACCUGCUUGUCAAUGUCAAUGGGCGAGGUACAUUCCUCAUGACGCAGACUGUUCUACCACAUCUUACCAAGGGCACGGGGCGGAUCGUCAAUAUCGCCAGUAUAUCGGCUCGAGGACCGCCGCCGAAUCAGACGAUAUAUGCAGGAACGAAAGGGAUGGUCGACUCAUUCACAAAGUGCUGGGCGAAGGAACUUCCACCAAAGUACGGCUGCACGGUCAACUCGGUCAGCCCAGGUCCAACUCGAACAGAAGGCUUUGCCGCCGCGGGCGAGGAGCAGAUGAAGGUCCUCCAGCCGAUUAUCGACCAAACGCCCGUUGGACCGCGGAUGGCGCAGCCGGAUGAGAUUGCUUACGCCGUAGCAUUUCUGUGCGAGGAAAGGGCGCGAUGGAUCAAUGGGGUGCAUUUGAUUGCAUCGGGGGGGUUGUUUAUUGACUAG